UAAUCACUGACGGUUUGCUAGGAGAACUACCCCGUGUCCGAUGUGAGGAUCCGUAUUGGAAAAUUCAAGCUGGUCGAUUCCACGACAUCAUUUUCCUCAAAAAAUGCGCUCAGCAGUGGAGAAGAGUGACACAGGAUCGAGUUGCAGUAAGGAAUAGAAGAAAAGCGGGGAUGCUGGCAGGAGCGAAUGGUAGAAGUAGUAGCAGGGCUAGUGCAGGGCCGGAAGGAAGACAGUCUGGGUCGUUAAGGAUUGUCAAUUGACAUCUCAAUGUAACAAACAGCAUGAAGAUGCCUUUUUCUUGCAGUUGCACGAAUAUCAAAUCAAUAAAGGACAGCUCUGGAGAUCAGAUGAAGAUGUGUAGGAUAUCAUAUUUCUUUGUAUUUCCUCACAUUGAGAGUAGGGAAAUAACCGCUAACAAAGGAAUUACGAAGAGCAUCCACGUCUGACGACGUUGCUGUGCCUGUGCUUGUGGGGGAAGAUGGAACUAGAAUGAAGAUGGAUGGGAUCAGAGAAAGUCGAAUAGCGCACGAAUUGGUCAAUAUUCCAGAUGAGGAUUAUAUGACCGAAUCUGAUUUUAGUCAUGGCAGCGACCAUUACAUGCGGAUCUCUUGGGUUGGG